AUCGGAGCGACUUUGUUCAAGCGUGUUUUUGUAUGGUGUUCUGUACUUGAAAACCUAGAUUUUGGUUAUGCGAACGCCGGAAAAUUCCAUUGCUCAGUUUCAAAGAAUCCGUUUAGGAAAUGAUUGAUUGAAGCUUCUAUGUUUAGUUUUUUGAUCCUGCAAUAAGCAAUAUACUAAACUAUCGGAACUCUCUGUUUCUACUGCUUCACGUUUUUAAUGAUUCACGGAGGCAUAGCUGGUGAUGGAAGAUGUUUGUUUCGAUCAGUGGUUCACGGUGCUUGUCUCAGAUCUGGCAAGCCAGCUCCAAACGAGGAUCUCGAAAAAGAGCUUGCAGACGAGCUUAGAGAGAACGUUGCAAAUGAGUUGAUGAAGAGGCGAUUGGACACCGAGCGGUUUAUUGAAGGUGACUUUGGCCAGUAUGUUAGAUGCAUGCGCCAACCACACGUUUGGGGAGGAGAACCUGAGUUACUUAUGUCUUCACACGUCCUACGGAUGCCAAUCUCGGUCUACAUUUGGGACAUGAAGUCAGCAAAUCUGAAGCUCAUAGCUGAGUAUGGGCAGGAGUACAGUAAAGAGAAUCCUAUUCGCGUCCUUUUUCACAGCUACGGGCAUUAUGAUUUACUGAAGGCUCCAUGAAAUUAAAAGCAGUGCAUAGACAUGGAGAACUCUACAUAGAAACUUGCUGAAAGAGAGAGCAAGCAGGUUUGAUGAUACACUCAAAUAUAUAUAUAUGCACACACAGAGUUAGAGAUUAUUUUGCUUGUGGUAAUAUUUUGGUCUUCAUACUUUUAUUUCGUACAACUCAUGUCUGUAAUAAUUAAGUUUUCGGCUUAAAAUUUUUGCUGUAGUAUAUCACCUUACAAACAGAUAUAUAAUACCGAUUUUCCAAGGUAAAA